UGUCAGUGCAUAUAAACUCGCAGAAAAGGCAUCGCUUUAGCAUAAAUAAUUAAUGGCAAUUCCCGCAAAUCGAUUGAUUGCCAAGCUAUUAUGCAGUAAUGCCCAUCGCCGACCAAGGCGCGAUCUAAUUUAUAUCAUUAAGUGGAACCACACUUAAUCGCACGAACAACUAUACAAGAUAAACAGAAUUACAAUUUCAAUUAUUGUCAGCAAAACGUGCAAAGGAUACAAAUUUUAACCGAUUUAAAUGUCGAUGUAGUAUACAAAAGUUAAUAAGCCAAUCGAACAAAGCUGCAAAAUGGCAAAGGUCACGAACUGGGACAAGUUUGUGCUGCUACUGUGGAAGAACUGGACUCUCCAAUGGAACCACAAGUGGCAAAUGGUCAUUGAGCUGGUGCUGCCGGCGAUAUUCUCCCUGCUCUUGGUCCUGGUCCGUACCCUGGUCGAUACGGAGCAGAAGGGUGACAGGACGUAUAAUGCACUGCCCCUAACAGAUCUCAGUCUGUUGCAACAUUCGUUGCAUAGAUCGUCCUACCUUGGCAAGCUCAUAGCGCUGAUUGCACCCAACCGACGGAGGUCGCAUACCGUCUUCACGAACUUCAAGCUGUGCUACUCGCCCGUAAAUCCCGUGCUGAAGAACCUGGUGGAGGAGGCAUGGCAGAGCCUCGGUAUGAGCGUUAUGAACGAUACGAUCUGGGGAUCGGAGAAUGCCAGCCAGCUGGCAUUGGAUACGGUCGGUCGGAGCGCCUUUGCCGGCAUCCAGUUCGACGAUGCCUGGGCCAAUCUGAACGAUACGAACGAUCUUCCCGAUGACUUUCACUUCGCACUGCGAUUCCCAUCGGAACUGCGAACGGCGACAAUUGCGAUAGCGAACACCUGGCUGACAAUGCGUCUGUUUCCCACAAUUGAUCUCACGGGACCGCGAAACGAAGCGGAUGAUGAUGGUGGCAUACCGCCGGGAUAUUUGCGCGAGGGUUUCCUGCCCCUGCAACACAGCCUUUCCAUGGCGUAUAUACGGCAAAAGACGGGCGAACAGGACCUGCCGACGGUGUGGAUGCAACGUUAUCCGUAUCCCGCCUACAUCUUCGAUCCCCUGCUCGAGGGCAUGUCGUCGAUAAUGUCGCUGAUCAUACUGCUGAGCUUCAUCUAUCCCUGCACGUACAUCACCAAGUACAUCACCGCCGAGAAGGAGAAACAGCUGAAGGAGGUGAUGAAGAUCAUGGGAUUGAGCAAUUGGUUGCACUGGACCGCUUGGUUUGUCAAGUCCUUCAUCAUGCUGACCAUAUCGGCCAUACUGAUUGCCAUACUGGUCAAGAUCAAUUGGUCAGAUGGGGUGGCCGUUCUCACAUAUGCCAACUUCAGUGCCCUGGUCUUCUUCCUGAUCAUAUACAUCACGGCGAGCAUCUGUUUCUGCUUCAUGAUGGCCACCUUCUUCUCGAGAGCCAGCACGGCGGCCGCGGUUACGGGUUUGAUUUGGUUCAUCGCCUACAUUCCGUACUCCUUUACGAUUAACACGUACGACAGCCUGAGUCUGACCGCCAAGUUGGGCUGGAGUUUGAUCUCGAACACGGCCAUGGGCUUUGGCAUCAAGCUGAUCCUGGGCUUCGAGGGCACCGGCGAGGGUCUGCAGUGGAGCAACUUCUUCACGCCCGUCUCCGUGGAUGACACAUUGACCGUCGGCGCCGUGAUGAUCAUGAUGCUGGUAUCCUGCUUUAUUUGCAUGACCAUCUGUUUGUAUGUGGAGCAGGUGAUGCCGGGCAGCUUUGGCGUGCCGCGACCCUGGAACUUCCCAUUCACCCGGGAGUUUUGGUGCGGCGAACGGGAGUACACGGGCGUGGAGGACAUACCCAAUGGCCAGGUUGAGCCACGGGAUCCCAAAGCCUUCGAAGCCGAACCGGAGGGCAAGCACAUCGGCUUGCAGAUGAGACACCUGAAGAAGCGUUUUGGCGACAAGAUGGUUGUGAAGGGCCUGUCCAUGAACAUGUUCGAGGAUGAGAUUACUGUCCUGCUGGGUCACAAUGGAGCCGGCAAAACCACCACUAUAUCGAUGCUGACGGGCAUGUUCCCGCCAACGAGCGGCACGGCCAUUAUAAACGGCAGUGACAUCCGCACCAAUAUCGAAGGAGCCCGCAUGUCCCUGGGCAUCUGUCCGCAACACAAUGUCCUUUUCGAUGAAAUGAGUGUGUCGAAUCACAUACGAUUCUUCAGCCGAAUGAAGGGACUGAAGGGCAAGGCCGUCGAACAGGAGGUGGCCAAGUAUCUGAAGAUGAUCGAGCUGGAGGACAAGGCAAAUGUGGCCUCAUCGAAACUGUCCGGCGGCAUGAAGCGCAAACUCUCCGUUUGCUGUGCUCUCUGCGGUGAUACAAAGGUCGUGCUGUGCGACGAGCCCAGUUCCGGAAUGGAUCCAUCCGCAAGGCGGCAGCUAUGGGAUCUGCUGGAGCAGGAGAAGGUGGGACGCACCGUGCUGCUGACCACUCACUUUAUGGACGAGGCCGAUGUGCUGGGCGAUCGGAUUGCCAUCAUGUGCGACGGCGAACUCAAGUGCCAUGGCACCUCCUUCUUCCUGAAGAAACAGUAUGGAUCGGGUUACCGAUUGAUAUGUGUGAAGCGCGACAAUUGCGAGACGAAUGAGGUGACGGCCCUGCUGAACAAGUACAUUCCGGGCUUGAAGCCCGAGUGCGAUAUUGGCGCGGAGCUGUCCUACCAAUUGCCGGAUAGUGCCUCUGCCAAGUUCGAGGAGAUGUUCGGCCAGCUGGAGGAUCAAUCCGAGGAACUCCAUCUUAAUGGCUACGGCGUGGGCAUCACUUCAAUGGAGGAGGUGUUCAUGAAGGUCGGCGCCGAAAAGGACAUCACCGGCAACCUGAAGGACCAAAGCGAGAUUAUGAACGGUGGCAGCGGAUUCCGUGGCGAAGAUGACAGCGAAUCCGUACAGUCCGACGGCAUCUUCUCGGAGAAUCGACGACUGCUCCAGGGAAUGCAGCUGCUAUCGAACCAAUGGAAGGCCAUGCUGCUCAAGAAGUUCCUCUAUACGUGGCGCAACAAGUUGCUCCUGCUCAUCCAGAACAUUAUGCCGGUGUUUUUCGUGGUGAUCACCAUCCUUAUUAUCGAGACACAGGGGACUUUCCGGGAGCUAAGUCCCAUUACCAUUUCGCUGAGUCAAUAUCCCACGGCAGUGACCGUUAUCGACCGCUCUAAGGUGACAAACGGCACGCAAACCUCCGAGAUAGCUAACCAAUACGAGCAGUUGGCUCGCUCCUAUGGCAGUAAUUAUGGUCUCGAACAAACAGGCUCUGAUGGCUUUGAGGAUUACAUCCUGAAACUGGGAAGGACUAUCCAGGUGCGAAUCAACUCGCGCUAUUUGGUGGCCGCCACUAUUGACGAUUCCAAUAUCACUGCUUGGCUAAACAACCAGGCCUUGCACACUGCUCCCUUGACAGUCAACAUGGUGCACAAUGCCAUUGCCACUCAGCUCGAUCCAAACAUUAAGAUCCAGGUGACCAACGCACCGCUGCCGUACACCACCAGCACAUUGCUCUCGCAGCUGAGCAUGGGCACCAAUCUGGGCACCCAGCUGGCAUCCAAUCUGUGCUUCUGCAUGUGCUUCGUUAGCUCCAUAUAUAUCCUGUUUAUGAUCAAGGAGCGCGAGUCCAGAGCCAAAUUGCUGCAGUUUGUGGGCGGCGUUAAAGUGUGGACCUUCUGGUUGUCUCAAUUUAUUUGUGAUUUCGCCACCUACAUUGUGACGGCUCUGAUCGUUGUGAUAACGAUCGUCUGUUUCCAGGAGCCCGGGCUGUCCAGCUUCGGGGAACUGGGCAGAUACUACCUGCUGCUGCUGCUCUUUGGAUUCGCCGUGUUGCCAUUCGUCUACAUCAUGUCGCUGUUCUUCAAGGAACCAGCCACUGGCUUUGCUCGGGUCUCCAUUGUCAACAUAUUUUGCGGCAUGGCCCUGUUCAUUGUGAUUGUGGUGAUGUCUUCGGAAUUGUUUGACACGAAGGAUACGGCGAAUAUAUUGGGUUGGAUCUUCCGCAUCUUUCCUCACUUUUCGCUGGCCAUGAGUCUGAAUAAGGUCUACACCAACACGGCCACGCGGAAUGCGUGCGCCAAGGUCGGAGCAAUACCACCCAUCCUACUCUGCGAGUUGAUUCCACAAUGCUGCAACAUCAAGCCUUUCUUUGCUUGGGAAGAACCCGGCGUUCUGCCCGAGGUUGUCUACAUGUCCGUCACCGGCGUCGUUUUCUUCCUCAUCAUCAUUGUGCUGGAGUUCAGACUAAUAAAUGAGCUGAUGUUUAAGAUCCGUCAAAUGCUAUCUAAACCACCGCCGCCACCGGCCGAGGGCCAAUUGGAUGAUGAUGUGGUCAAUGAACGGGAGCGCAUUCUUCACAUGACCUCCGAUGAGCUGGCCGCUAAGAAUCUAGUCCUGGAUCGGGUCACCAAAUACUACGGUCAAUUCCUGGCCGUCAAUCAGGUGUCGCUCUGCGUACAGGAAGUCGAAUGCUUUGGGCUGCUGGGCGUGAACGGUGCCGGCAAGACGACCACGUUUAAGAUGAUGACCGGCGAUGAGCGGAUCAGCUCGGGAGCCGCUUACGUCCAAGGUCUGAGCCUGGAGUCGAACAUGAACAGCAUUUACAAGAUGAUCGGCUACUGUCCGCAGUUCGAUGCACUUUUAGACGAUCUGACGGGUCGCGAGGUGCUACGCAUUUUCUGCAUGCUACGCGGGGUCCAGGAGUCGCGGAUUCGGCCAUUAUCCGAGGAGCUGGCCAAAUCCUUUGGCUUCAUGAAGCACAUCGAUAAGGAAACGCACGCCUAUAGUGGUGGAAAUAAGCGAAAAUUGAGUACGGCCAUUGCUGUGAUCGGAAGUCCGUCCGUUAUUUACCUAGAUGAGCCUACAACGGGCAUGGAUCCGGCGGCCAGGCGGCAGUUGUGGAACAUGGUUUGCCGCAUUCGUGACUCUGGCAAAUCCAUUGUCCUCACAUCACACAGCAUGGAGGAGUGCGAGGCGCUGUGCACACGAUUGGCCAUUAUGGUGAACGGUGAAUUCAAGUGCAUUGGCUCAACGCAGCACCUGAAGAACAAGUUCUCCAAGGGUCUGAUCCUCAAGAUCAAGGUGCGUCGCAAUCUGGAGGCGUUGCGGCAGGCACGAUUGAGUGGCGGCUUUGCGCGGAAUCCAGAUGAGCAGACGGUGCCAGCCCAAAUGGUCCAGAAGGACAUCGAUGCCGUUAAGGAGUUUGUGGAGAACGAAUAUCCGCACUCCAUUUUGCAGGAGGAGUACCAGGGCAUUUUGACGUUCUACAUUCCAUUGGCUGGGGUGAAAUGGUCGCGCAUCUUCGGCCUGAUGGAAAGCAAUCGCGACCAGCUGAAUGUGGAGGACUACUCGGUCAGCCAGACAACGCUAGAGGAGAUCUUCCUGGAGUUCGCCAAGUACCAGCGCGAGGAUACGCGCGCCAAUCAGUGAGCUAGCUCCCAAAAAGACCAAACACCCAGUUGCUAACACCACCUGGCUUUUAACGGGCUUCUCGCUUUCUGGCUUCAUCUUCUCCUUGUCACAACAUACCAUCACACAAAUGAACACUGUGACAGCACCGUCAUCGUACUUCCAUACACGACAGCACCCGAAGUAGUUCAUCUGUUAUUUUAUGAAUUUUAUUUAACGAUUUUAUGUUUGUAGUUUUAGUUUACAUCCUAACCCUAGUGCUAAACCCUUCGAUCGAUACAAGCUAACUCAGCUGCAUGCGUAUGCCACUAACAUCCCACCACUCUGAAUCCCGAGCUAAUGUUAACCCUGUUAUGUCUGUUCUUUCUCCUCCCUUCUGAAAUGUUUCCAAUCAAUAUCCAGCCGACUCUCCGAAUUGAGGAAGCUGUGCAAGUGCCUGCUAGCUAAUGAGUAUUGAACCAACUACCUAUGCGAUCUGAUCCGAUCCGAUCCUGAUAUGAUCUUACCCACUCACAGCUAAAAAUGUUGUAAACAAAAAACAACGCCGAUGCCUGAACAGCUAACAAAUAGUUUCUAAGGUCGACCUGACAAUAGAUAGCAGAAAUCAUGCCUUUUUUUAUUGUGAUCAUCUAGCAAAAUUUACACUAUAACGAAGAGAGAUCUAUAUAUUGUAUGUUUGCUAUAUAUAUAUAUAUGUAUAGUUAUAUCUGCUUGACAUGCACGAUAAGUUCCCAUAAUCUUUUAGUUUUGUUUUAUUCCCCCAAGAAGUAUUGACCGGACUGGUCCGGAAACUAUUCCCAGCGCCUAAAGGAAACUUGUUGCAUAUAGAACUAUGUGUAUUAAUUUCGAUGUACUUAGACCGGCUAACCAAAGCGUUUAAAUAAGUCAAUUUAACUGUGGCACAAACUCUACGAUACAUAUGAGAAUUUACAAAUUAUGUUAAAUGUAUAUUAUACGAUUGAAUUAAAUUUUAUCUAAAUGUAAA